AUGAAUUGGAAAUAUAUUUGUUUAAUAAAUGUUUUUAUAAAUUAUAUUAUUCUAUUAUAUUUAAAUUUUCGACAAAUAAAAACAAUUAAAAAUAGUAAAAUACCUAAAGAAUUUAAAAAUCUUUCAAUAAUAAAUAAAUCUGAAUUUUUAAAUUUAAAACAAUUAAAAUAUAAUUUAAAAUUUUAUUUUAUAAAAAAAAAAAAAAAAAAAAAAAAAAGAAUAUUUAAAUUUAUAUCAACAUUAUAUAGUUUUAUUAGUUUAUUAGUAUUUAUUCUUUAUUUAUACCCUUUACUUUGGAAUUUUUCAAAUAAUUUAUCAUCUAUUGAUAAUAACCCUUUAAAAGAUGAAAUAGUUGCAACAAUAGUUUUUUUUUCAAUUAAAUCAUUUUUAUCAUUAAUUUUAAAUUUCCCAAUUUCAUAUUAUCAAACAUUUGUUUUAACAGAUGAAUUUAAUUCAAGGAAUAUUAAAUUAUUUCUACAAGAUAAAGCUUUAAAUGUUAUUUUCUUAGUUAUAAUUUAUAUACCAUUAGUAACAUUAUCAAUAACAGUUAUUAGAACUAUUGAUUUUAGGUAUUGUUGGGUUUAUAUUUUAUAUCCAUCUUUAAUUAAACCAAAUUUUUUACCAAAUGAAUUAAUACCAAUGCCAGAUGGAAUUUUAAGAAAAUCAAUUCUAGAAUUAUGUAAAAAUUGGUAUAAAAAAUCAAAUUCACCUUCAAAAAUUAAAAAUAAUAAUAAUAAUAAAAAUAAUAAUAAUAAUAAUAAUAAUAAUAAUAAUAAUUUUAAUUUUAAUGGUAAUGAUAAUGAUAAUGAUACAGGUGAAGGAUGUGAUAAAAUUAAUAAUGAAGAAAAUCAAAUUAAAAUAUUAAUAUUAAUGGAUUAUAAAAAUUUUGAAAUUAAUAAUAAUCAAGAUGAUAAUCAACAACAACAUUUGAAUACAUAUUGUUCAUUAUUAAAUAAGCAUAUUGUUAUUAAUGAAAAUUUAAUAAAACGAUAUGAUAAAGAAGAGAUAUUAUCAAUGGUUGCUCAUGAAAUCGGUCAUUAUAAACAACUCGAUCAAUUGACUAAUUUAGUUAUACCAACUUUUAAUACUGCCUUGUUUUUAUACUUGUUGAAUCAUUUCAUUCAAAAUGAUAUGGCAUUUGUCGAUUUCGGGUUAUCUACAGUAUCGUUGUAUAUGGGUUUACUAUUAUUUAGUUUUAUUUAUUUACCAAUGGAUACGAUUUUCAAAUCAUUGCAAAAUCAUUUCAUUAGACAACAAGAAUAUCAAGCUGAUUUAUUCUCUCAAAAUAUAAUGGGUUGUAAUCAAUUCGCUUCACUUUUAAAAAUUAUUACAAAAGAAAAUAAUCCAAUUUCAAUUGAUGAUUAUUGGUAUUCUUUAUUUUUUAAUCCAUAUCCAACUUUUUAUCAAAGAUUUAAAUAUUUAGAAAAUAGUUUAAAAAAUAAAAAAAUUAAUUAA